AUGACGAGGCCCGACAUUGCUUUUGUCGUUAAUAAACUUAGUCAAUUUGUCAAAGCUCCUACUACUAAACAUUGGGUUGCUUGCAAACGCAUUUUGCGGUACUUGGCUGGUACUUCUAAUCUUGGUCUCUGUUUUAAACCAGCAGCUCAACUUACCCUUCAUGGUUUCACUGAUGCGGAUUGGGCGAGUUCUAUAGAUGAUCGACGUUCUACUUCAAGGUAUUGUAUUUUUCUUGGUGGUAAUCUUCUCAGCUGGUGUUCCAAGAAACAAAAUGUGGUUGCUCGGUCCUCCACUGAGUUCGAAUAUCGUGCCUUAGCUCUUGCCACCACUGAAAUUAUUUGGUUGCGUUCUUUGCUCUCUGAAAUUGGAAUUGUGCUUGCUGAAUGUCCUAUUUUGUGGUGUGAUAAUCUUGGUGCUGGUUCCCUUGCUUCCAAUCCUGUUUUUCAUGCCCGUACUAAGCAUAUCGAAGUGGAUCUUCAUUUUGUUCGUGAUCAUGUAGUGGCUAAGCAGCUUGACAUUCGCUAUGUUCCCUCAGCUCAUCAAACUACUGAUGUUCUCACGAAGCCUUUGGCUAUCUCACAGUUUCAAUUUCUCAGGGACAAGUUGACACUUAAGGUUUCCUCGUGUCACUUGAGGGGGGAUAUUAGAGAAGUUCCCUAA